AUGUCCGGAAGACAGGGAGGCAAGGCGAAGCCGCUGAAGAAGGCAAAGAAGCCGCAACGGGAACUUGACGAAGAAGACAAGGCACAUUUAGAGAAACUCAAGUCACAAAAGAAGGCAGCACAGGACAUGGCGUCCAAGUUAGGUAAGGGACCAUUGGCUGGUGGCGGAAUCAAGAAGAGUGGCAAGAAGUGA